GAGUCCCCAACCGCCCCCCAUUGAAUCCACCCAUGGAUCCGCCUCGCUCUCCCCCCUCCACCUCCACAGUCACGAUGCUAUCCACCCGGCCAGGUCACUCCCUAUAUAACUCGGCCCUGUCUACCCUGCCAGUCACGCUGGCUCCGUGACAGAUCGUGCCCCGUCCUCCUUGCUGCGUUCCCUCUCCUCCGAUCCGGCUAUAAACUCGCGCGCCUUCUUGGACCCAAUCAUUGCUCGAUCCCCCGCUCCUCCUAGAUCUCUCGUCUCCUCCUUAUUCCUCUGACCACCGGCGGGUUAGAGGUUUUAUUGCGGCGGCGGCCAUGGAGGAGUCUGGGGUUGUAGUUAGCGGCGGCACCGUGGCGAGCUGGGUGGCGUCCGGGGUGGUGCUGUGGUCGACGGCGUUCGUCCUGCUGCGGGCGCUCUUCCCCAAGCGCUCCUACGACUUCUGCAACCGCGCCGUCUCCACCAUGCACGCCGUCACCGCCGUCUGCCUGGCCUGCCUCUCCGUCGCCGACUGGUCCUGCCCCGUCUGCCCGCUCGCCGCCGCGUCGUCCCCGAGCCAGAUGAAGGCGCUGGCGGUGACGCUCUCGUACAUGGUGUACGACGCGGCGUGCUGCCACCUCAACGGCGACGUGCGGCUGGACAACACGGUCCACCACCUCGUCAGUAUCGUCGGCAUCGGCGCCGGGCUCGCCUACCAGAGGUGCGGGACGGAGAUGGUGGCCAGCCAGUUCGUCACGGAGAUCUCGAGCCCGCUGCUGCACCUCCGGGAGAUGCUCAAGGAGUUCGGCGUCCGCGACACCGGCCUCAACCUCCUCGUCGACGUGCUCUUCGCCCUCACCUUCUCCGUCGCCCGGAUGGGCUUCGGCCCCUACCUCACCUACUCCACCGUCACGGCCGACAACCCCAUCCUCAUCAAGGCGAUGGCGACGGGGCUGCAGCUCGUCAGCGCCUACUGGUUCCUCCGGAUCCUCAGGAUGGUCAGGUACAAGCUCGGCAAGAACAAGAAGAAGCCACCGCCGUCCGCAGCGGGCAAGCUCGCCACCGACUGAUCUCCGGCGAUCGUACGCCGGCGACCUGCAGGAGCCACCGGAGCCCAAGCUUUGCCGACGGCGGAUUAGGAGUUGGAUUCGAUCCGAGACCGAGUGCUGUACAUAUAUACACGUGGUCUGCGAGGUUCUUUGCCUCUGAUCAUGUAAACAUGCUGUCCAUUGGCAAGGGCGCCGCAAACUGGCGGCGCGCCGUGCGUGUACUCUACCAACUGUUAUCGGCAAUACAAAAUUGUCCAGCGAAUUGAAGUUCA